GUCAGACCGUCGAAUGCGUAUUUUCGACUGCGGACGAUUUCGAGUCGCUCGGAGUUAACGUUAACUGUUAUUUUUAGUUAAAAAUUGCAUCCGAUCAGUCGGGAACGCGAGUUGAGGCCCGCGACUAUGUGGUGUUUAAAGACAGGCAUCCGCAAGAUAGGAAUCUGAAUCGGAAUCUAUAUCUGAAACUGAAUCCGGAGAUUCGGCCCAAGAACUCCAGCUCCAGAUCGAAAGUCCACACACACGCACACCAGCACCAAUACCCAUACCAUACCCAUACCCACGGCGACAUAUGCACACAAUCGCAGUCGGAUUCGGUUUAUUAACGGUAGUUCAGUGAUUGCGGGAAAGGGACAGCGAGCGAGCAGCGAGGAUAACGGGAAAGGAUGGCAUUGCCGAAGAAAAUUAAAUGUUUUAAGUAUUUGGUUUACAGUUAUGUGGUGCUCCUAGCGGUAAGUUGCAUUGCUGUGCGCCCAAACGGGGCCACAACUACAUGCUUGUCAAAUUACAUAAGCCUACAUUGUACUCACACUCGAAUGUAUUGUAUGUAUGUACGUAUUUAUGUAUGUUGAUUGUUUGUGGGUCGCGAAGAUUUCCAGAUUUUCAUAUUUGCAUAUUUCAAAAGACAUCAAUGAAAGAGACACCCAAAUACACCCUUUUGUCUCGACAAACGGAGUUAAUUAGUUUCUGAAAGUAAGUCAAUUCUACCCAUGUAGAUAACACUAUUGAUACACACCCGCCAGUGCAUUUCUACAUCAGUAACAUACAUCGUACACAAAUCAUACAUCGCUGGCAGGAUAAUGCCUUGCGUUCGUUCUGGUCCCGACUUGCGGCGACCUUGAGCUACUUAAAGCUGCGCUAAGUACAUAGGCACAAGUAUACACAUGCGUGCACAUGGGGCUCCUUGGCAUGUGACGUCAAAAGGGAGUAGGCCCCAUUGCCACAGUAUCCAUGGUGUAUACUACGUGGUGCAGGGCGCAUCCCGAAUACACACGGUGCAGCUGAGGCCGCGUCCAAGGACACCCAGAGUGCGGGGCCUUGAGAUGAAAAUCAGCAGGCAGUGAUAAGAGCAGCGCCCGUAAUCCUCAUCCGUAUCCUUAUCUCUACUCCCUUGCAGCUGACUGGAGCUGCGCAGAUCUUCCUGGGCACAUCCCUGCUCUGGGGUCACUCGGUCUACUAUGGAAUUGUGCAGAACAAGCUGUGGGCUCCGGCCGCGAUCCUGCUUUGCCUGGGACCCGUCACCUUCAUCCUCUGCUGGAUGGGCUGCCAGGCCACCAAUCAACGCAAGCGAUGCCUGCUGGGAAUGUUUGCCGCCCUUUUGGUUGCCUGCAUCUGUGUUCAGUUCAUCAUCUGCGGCUGGUCGCUGGCCAUGAGGGAGAACCUGCCCACUUCCGUGGAGAUCUUCAUCGACGACUCCUUUGUCGAGUUCUUAGACAAGUUUUCGCGCACCAAGGUGGAUAACCUACAUCUGUGGAAUAGGAUGCAGUCGCAGUUGCAAUGCUGCGGCGUCGACGGACCUCUCGAUUACCGCCGACUUUCGCUGCCCUGGUCCUGCUGCUCGCGCCCGGAGCACGCCUACGAGUCAGCAUGUGAUACCCACUACAAGCGCGGAUGCCUGGCCGUCGUAUCGGAGCAGAUCAGGAACCGCCUGCUGAUCACCGCCUUCGGAGCUGCCAUCAUAGCCAUAUUCCAGAGCCUGGGAAUCUUCUGUGCUGUCCACCUGACCAUUCUGUUCGGCAAGAACGACAACACCCAUCCCAUGAACAUGAACCGGAAAAAGAAGCAGCAGCAGUUCUUGCCCCUGACCAUACAGGACAAGAGGCACGACAUGCCCUCGCCCAUCAAUCUAUCCCCUUCAGCACCCGGGCAGCGGGUUUUAAAAACUGCUCUGCCCUCGGCCAUGCACAAAUGACAGACGAUUAGCUUUUAAGGAUGCAAAAAUUUAUGGAAACUCCAAAGAAAAAGUAUAAAAAAAAUGUUGUAAACUGAGAUGGAAUGAAUAUAACUGUGACCCUCAAUGUUACGUUAUGGUAAUUUUAAACAAUUUAACGUUCGAGAAAAGAAACAACAUUUGAAUUUGGAUUAACUCUCCAGUAGUUUAAUUAAAGCUUAAAAACAAUUGG